AUGAGCAGCACCAAGCGCGAAGCAUCUCCGCUCGCCGCGACCGACAGCGCGGGCCACGAGACCCCCUCGAAGCGCGCUCGCCUCGACGACCACUCGACCCCGACCGCCGCGUCCUCAGCAGCAGCACGCGCACCAGGCUCGGCACCACCUGCUGCCCAGGGCGCAGCACCGUCGACCCCGGGCCCUGCCGCAGCCGCCGACAAGGAGCUCAAGCUCGACGCCGGCAGCACGGCCGACGCGCGGGCGACCGACUCGCCGUCUGCGGGCAAGGGCAAGCGCGGUGGACGCGGCGGCGGCGGCAGUGGUGGACGAGGCGGCGGCAAGCAGGACCGGCGAGGCAGUGGGCGGGGCGGCGGCCGCGGUGGAGCUGGGCGAGGCGGAGGAGGGCGCGGUCGGGACGGUGGAGCGGGCGACGAGGACAAGGGCAACGGCGAGGGAGGCGCAGACGGCGACGACAAGAAGGACAAGCUCCCGAAGCGCAAGGUCGCUGUGCUCCUCGGGUACAACGGCAUUGGGUACAAGGGCAGCCAGGUUAACCCUGGGACAGAGACGAUCGAGGGCGAGGUGUUCAAGGCGUUCGCCAAGGCGGGCGCGAUCAGCGAGGACAACUCGACCAACCCUCAAAAGGUCUCGCUCGCUCGAGCGGCCCGCACCGAUGCCGGCGUGCACGCCGCCCUCAACGUCCUCGCGCUCAAGCUCAUCCUUUCGCCGCCGUCCAAGUCGCCCGACACGCCGCUCGAGGCGCACCUCAACGCGUUCCUCCCGCCGGCCAUCCGCGUGUGGUCGGUCCUGCGCGUCCAGGGCUCGUUCGACCCGCGCCGUCUGUGCGACCAGCGCCAGUACGAGUACACGCUUCCGACGCACGUCCUCCUCGGGCCCAAGCCGUCGUCGCCCAUGGGCCAGAUGCUCGCACGCUCUCGCGCAGAAGCUUCUGCCACGUCGUCGUCGUCGACCUCGUCGGCAGCAGCAGCAGCAGGCGAGCCGGGCGCGAUCGAGAAGGCGACGAGCGAGUUCUGGGCGGCGCAGCCCGCCGAGAGCGGCUUUGCCGACGACGUCCAGGCCAAGAAGGCGUGGCGCAUCUCGCCCGAGGGCAUGGCGCAGGCGCGCGAGCUCCUCAACGCGUACGAGGGCUCGCACAACUUUUACAACUUUACCGUCGGCAAGGACUUCCGGGACCGCAGCUGCCAGCGCGUCAUGCGCAAGCUCGAGCUGUCGGAGCCGUUCGUCGUCGCCGACACCGAGUACGUCUCGGUCACGUUCAUCGGCCAGUCAUUCAUGCUCCACCAGAUCCGCAAGAUGAUCGGCCUCUUCAUCCUCGCGCUGCGCUCGUCGACGCCGGCGUCGCUCGUCCCCGAGACGUUCGGCCCGUCGCGCAUCCACAUCCCCAAGGCGCCCUCUCUCGGCCUCCUCCUCGUCGCGCCGCACUACAUCGAGUACAACCGCCGCGUCGUCGAGGCCAACGACAAGCUCGACUCGCUCGUGCGCGCCGGCCGACUCACGCCCGACGCGGCCGAGGAACAGCGCCGCGCCGAGAUUGACCCGCUCAAGGUCGACGGCAUGGUCCAACUCGUCGACGAGUUCAAGCGCGACCAGGUGUACAAGCGCAUGUGGGAGGUCGAGGAGCGCGACUUGACGUUUUCCAAGUGGCUCAACUACCUCGACCAGUUUGUCGGCGCCGACUUUGAGUACCUCAACCCCAAGGGCGUCAUCCCGCCCGCGGCCACGUUCACCAAGGGCGAGAACCCGGAGCGGACGCGCCGCGCUGCGGCGGCGGCGGAUGCGGCAGCGGCAGCGGCAGAGGGAGCGCUCGAGGGCGAGAGCGACGACGAGGGCGUGGUGGGCGAGGACGACGGCUGAGUCGAGGCGGCAGGCGAUCGGAGGACCGAGCGUAGCUCAAGCACUGCAUUCCUGCAUCCCGACAUGAUUGGGUCUCUUU